CCAGGAGGUUCACUUUUUCAAAACAUGCACUCCAUUAGGGCCUCUUCAAGACUGCCGUUCUUUAUUUAGCUUUAGUCAAGUGGGAUCUUUCAUUUAGUUAGCUCUCCAGAGUUAUAUGGGAAAUUUUAUUUUGGAAAUUAUUAAAGCUGGGAACAACGAAGGGCAUUUCCUGUAGAGUUCCACAGCCAGCAGCAUGAUGAAGCUACUUUGCAAACAUGAAACUUGCCUCUUACUCUUCCUUCUCCUUGUCCAGAUCUUUGGGUUGGAGGACGACAGCAGCCAAACUACAACAGAGAUCUGUUCAACACACACAAUUUUACCUGGACCAAAAGGAGAUGAAGGUCAGAAAGGAGAUCCGGGAGAUAUGGGAAAACAAGGAAAACUUGGCCCAAUGGGACCCAAAGGAGACAAGGGAGCAGUUGGUAGCAAUGGUGACCAAGGAAUGAUGGGUAAAGUUGGACCAAUUGGCAGAAAAGGUGACAAAGGACUGAAAGGUUUUUCGGGUGUCUCUGGAGGAAAGGGCAAAGCAGGUGCCGUCUGUGACUGUGGCAAAUAUCGCAAAGUCGUUGGACAACUGGAUAUUAAUGUGGCUCGGCUCAAGAGUUCCAUCAAAUUUGUAAAGAAUGUGUUGGCAGGAAUCAGGGAGACAGAUGAGAAAUACUACUACAUCGUACAGGAAGAAAAAAACUACAGGGAAGCCCUCACUCAUUGCCGGAUUCGGGAUGGGAUCCUUGCCAUGCCGAAAGAUGAGGCCUCCAAUGCUGUGAUUGCUGACUACAUCUCUAAGAGUGGCCUCUUCCGAGUCUUUAUUGGGCUGAGUGACACAGAGGAGGAAGGCCAGUUUAUAUAUGCUGACCGUACCCCUUUGCAGAACUAUAACAACUGGAAGGAAGGAGAACCCCAGAAUGUUACAGGGGAGGAGGACUGUGUGGAAAUGCUGAGCACCGGGAAAUGGAAUGAUACGGAGUGCCACCUCACUAUGUACUUUGUCUGUGAGUUCCCAAAGAAGAGAAAGUAAGCACAUGGGGGAACCAGCAGUGAACCAUAGGUUCCCUUAUUUUCUUCUGGUCAACCAAGCCAAACAUCUAGGAUGAAAUCCCUACCACAUUCCCUAUGAGUGCUUCCUAUGGUGUCUUCAGUGUCACCUAAUGGUUUGAAUUCUUUAAAAAAAGGGGGAGUGUUUGAAAUGUAAUGUAUUUAGCUUGCUAUUCACCACCCACCUCAAACAGCCUCUGGAUCAUAAAUGAAUCCAUAAGAAUCCCUGCAAAGUGAAUACAGCAGGUGGUUGUAAAUCAGGUGCUUCAUUUUAAAGGUUAUUUAUGACCCACCAAGGGAUUUUUAGGAUCUUUUAACCCUGAUUUCUUGGAUGUUUUGUGACUAGAUGCACCCAUACAGCAGCUAUAUUAGAACUGAGCAAGCCUUUUGUGAUAAUGUUCACUACUCUUUUUGGAUUGACACCCAACAGUCCCAAAAUACUAUGAAAUUCUGGUCUAAGAGAAGAAUGCAUGGACAUCAUGUUAAGCAGUGGAGCUUUACUUCCAAGUGAGCCUUUUUACACCACAAUUCAAGAUGGGGGUUUAUGGCUUCCCCCUAGGUCCUGCUUGUUAAAUCUGCAUUAUCUUCACAUAGAGAAUUUUUUUUCUAUUAUGCUUUUUUGCUUCUUACAAAAGCUCAGCUCAAGUUCCAUAAACCCAGAUAGUUAAAAACAAGCCCCAUCAAAGGUAAUGCUAAACAGAGCCUACGACAGAAUGAGGAAAUGUCAACAUGAACACAGCUCUUAUCUGGCAUAGCUACUCAUAAUAUUUACAUUAAAAACUUAUACAAAUUUA